GUGCACAAAUGACAGAUUUGUUCUUGUGUUUAAUGGCGGACUUGUGUCGAGGUUAUCGCACGGAAAAUUUAUUGAUAAAACCUUCAGAGGGGGCGUUCAUCGUAUAUAAUUGUUUUACGUUUACCAAAAGCCCCUCUUUGUGUUAAAAUGGAAGAAGUCGCCGAGGCCCCGGCGGCUCAGCCCAUGGAAGUGAAGCCGCCGGUUGUUUUGGAACAGCCGCCCACGGAAGCGAUGGAAGUUGAGCAACAAACUCAGCAGCACCAACAACAGCCGUCGCCGCAAAAACAGAUCCAGCGGGAGCCUGAAACGCCACCGCAACAUCAUCCAGAAUUUGAACAGGAUGAAGGGAUGGAGUUCAAAAACAAUAUUCGUGGAGGAUUUCGUGGUCGUCCAUGGAAUAUGGGCGGAGGACCGCCCCGCUUCCGGGGCAGAGGGUUUGGACCAGGUGGUCCGGGUCCAAUGAGGGGUCGCGGAGGACCUGGGCCAUUUUUUCGCGGAAGGGGUGGCCCCCAGGGUGGACGCUUCCCCGGACCAAAUUUCGAUCCGAACUGGGGUCCAAAUAAUAUGGGCGGGCCAGGUUUCAACCCACCCGGCUUUGGUAAUCCUCCACUCGAACUGUGGGUGGAAACGAAAUCGGAGGAUGGGAAAUCGUACUUCUAUCACGCAAUUUCACGGGAGACGACAUGGACUAGGCCUGAAGGGCCGAACAUCAAAAUUAUGACGCAGGCGGACGUCGAGGCCAUGAACGCGAGAAAUCAGCAACAGCAACCGCCUCAGCAGCAGCAACAGCCACAACAACAUCCCCCACCCCAGCAACAACAACCACAGCAGCAACAGCCACCGAACCAGGCUGCUUCUGAAAACAGUGCAAAGGAACCGCAGCAGGCCAAUGCCAACGGCAAUGGCAGUCAAAUUCCACCGAAUAAAACGCCUCCUGUCACUAAGGAAGGCGAAAUCUCAGAAAGUGCUCCGAAUUCUGUUCCUGUCAACAACGGUAUUGCGAAGCCUGUUGAACCCAUUCCGACGUCAAUGCCACCCCCGAUGCAGCAGCCGCCUGCGUUUUUCCCGGGCGCUCCGCCGCACUUUGGGGCGCCUCCGUUUGGAAUGCCUCCGCCAGGGUACGGGGGUUACCCACCCGGGGCUUGGGGUGUUCCAUGGGGCGUUCCUAAUGCCCACAUGCAAGAGCCUCCAGCAAAGAAUCUCAUAAUAAAGCCUGGUGUCAUCGACCCUGCGGUGAUCGCACGAGCUGCCGAAUGGUCAGAGCAUCGAGCGCCGGAUGGGAGACCUUACUAUUAUCAUGCCGGACGUGGCGAGAGUGUCUGGGAGAAACCGCAGGCUAUAAGGGAUUUGGAAGCUGCACGUAUGGCUGCCCACUCAGGGGCUACUCCCCAAUCAAUAGCUGCCCAGACUUCUGGAACGACUACAGUAGCUAUUGGUCAGGCGCCGAUAAUGUCGCCAGCAAUCAACAUGGGACCCGGCACACCAUUCGAUCCGAUGGCCUUUGCACCGAAACCAGGUGAUCCGAACCUGAUGAAAAUGGAAGCAAAUGAAUUAGCCGAACGGGACAAGAAGAAAAAAGAGCAGGAGAAGAAGAAAAAGGAAGAGGAGGAGAAGAACAAGCAAGCGAACAAACCGCAAGACAAAAGCAGGCCGAUUUCCAGCACCCCAAUCGCGGGGACUCCAUGGUGCGUCGUUUGGACGGGCGAUGGCAGAGUUUUCUUUUACAAUCCUUCGACGCGGACUUCUGUCUGGGAGCGGCCUGAAGAUCUUCUCGCCAGAGCGGACGUUGACAAAGCGGUUUCUACGCCUCCCGAACAACUGUUGGGCACGUUGGAGAAGGAGAAGAAGCCAGAAACACAGCCUCCUAUUGAGAUUUCCACAAACAAGGUAGAAAUCGAGUCGAUCACGGAAGAUGAAGCCCCGAACAAGAAACUAAAACUUUCGGUUAACGAAGGGAAGCCGGUCGAGAAAAAAGUCGAUGUGGCUAAAGAAGCUGCGAUUGAAGCUGAAGUGCGAGCAGCGAAGGAACGAGCCCUGGUUCCCUUGGACGUUCGUGUCAAAUCAUUUAAGGAAAUGCUGAAGGAGAAGGAUGUCUCCGCUUUUAGUACUUGGGAGAAGGAACUUCACAAAAUCGUAUUCGAUCCUCGCUAUUUACUGCUAACUUCUCGCGAACGAAAGCAAGUGUUCGAAAAGUAUGUAAAGGAAAGGGCCGAGGAAGAACGGAAAGAGAAACGCAAUAAAAUGCGACAGAAGCGGGAAGAUUUCAGGAAACUUAUGGAAGAAGCGAAUUUACAUGGAAAAUCGUCGUUCAGCGACUUUUCACAACGGUACGGGAAAGAUGACAGAUAUAAAGCCAUUGAAAAGGUUCGGGAACGUGAAAGUCUCUUCAACGAAUUCAUAGUGGAGGUGCGACGACGCGAGAAGGAGGAGAAGUUACACAAGAAAGAAGUGAUUAAAAAAAAUUUCAUUGAAAUGCUCCGUGAUAGAGCUGACAUAGACCGCCAUUGCCGGUGGCCCGAUGUUAAGAAAAAAAUAGAAUCAGAUUCUAGGUAUCGAGCUGUCGACAGUUCAAUUUUGCGUGAGGAUUAUUUCUUGGAGUACUGCAAGAUUAUGAAGGAGGAGAAGAAGCGUAUGCGGGAUCGUGAACGUGACCGGAAGGAGAAGGACAAGAAGAGCGACAGGCGGGACAAGGAGAAAAGCAGGCAUAAGGACAGCGAUGAGGAGAAAGUGCAAAAGAAGAAAAGCGAUGAUCAUGAGGACGGAGAACAUCCAUCGACUUCAGAUGACGAAGCAGAACGUUUGCAGAAGGAACGAGAUCGACAAAUACGAGCUGAACAAAGCAUAAAAGAACGAGAAAAGGAAGUACAACGAACACUUGCAACACACUUAAGAGAUCGUGAUAAGGAAAGGGAACAUCACAAGCGUGAUGAAGCUAUUCGUCAUUUCAGUGCUUUAUUGGCCGAUUUAGUUCGUAAUCCGGAUUUAACGUGGAAAGAAGUGAAACGUCAACUUCGCAAAGAUCAUCGUUGGGAGUUGGUGGAAAAUUUAGAACGCGAAGAUAGAGAAAGGAUAUUCAAUGAACAUAUUGAUAGUCUCAUGAAGAAGAAACGUGAUAAGUUCCGGGAGAUGUUGGAUGAGAUUACCACACUGGAAUUGACAAGUACUUGGAAAGAUAUCAAAAAGAUUAUUCGCGAUGACCCAAGAUAUUUGAAGUACAGCAACAGCGACAAGUGUGAAAGAGAGUUUAAGGACUACAUAAAAGAUAAAACAAUGGAAGCCAAAACAUCCCUACGGGAGCUUCUUCAGGAGUGCAAACUUGUUACCCAUAAGAGUUUCGAGAUCGUCAAGGAGAAUCCGAAUCAUUUGAAGGAUAUUGAAGAGAUUUUGAAGAAUGAUAAAAGAUAUCUCGUUUUGAACCACAUGGGGCCCGAGCGAUCGCAGAUAAUUAUGACUUAUCUGGAAGAUUUACACAAGAGGGGUCCUCCGCCCCCACCAACAGCUAGUGAAUCAACGAGGCGAAAAUAACUCCAUUGUGGAUGGACUGCUGCUUGUUUGAUUUUAAUAUUAAAUAUCGUUUUCUAAGUUGAUUCGAAGAGGGUAGGUAGUGUUGAUGUUGCCUAUUCCUUUGGAUGACCAUCUUAUUUCCAUUAGAUUCAAUUUUACUGAAUAAAAUAAGAUUAAUAUGCGAUUAUACUUAAA